AUGGGGUUGGACCUGACUGGAGUCAAGCUAUGGAAGAUGGGGAGGGUGCUGUACAAGGCGCUGCAGGGCGAGCUUGGCGAGUACGAGGUCGACCACCUCUUUUUUUGCCAGGUCGAAGACCACCCCAAACUGCAGGCCAACCCAGACGAAAAAGCCACCUCCGUGAAGAUGGUGCUGGUGGGGGACGGCUGUGUGGGCAAGACCUGCAUGCUGGUCUGCUACACGCAGGACAAGUUCCCCGAGGAGUAUGUGCCUACUGUCUUUGAGAAUUAUAGCGCCACUCUCAAGCUCAACAACCGGAUGAUCAGCCUCGGGCUGUGGGACACUGCCGGCCAGGAGGAGUAUGCCAAGCUGCGCACCCUGGCCUACAGCAAUUGCGACAUUUUCGUUAUAGUCUACGACGUGACUGACCCCGGCUCCUUCAAAAAUGCGCUGAACAAGUGGCUGCCAUAACUCGAAAAGCUGGCCCCGGGAGCGGUCAAGCUGGUGGUGGGGAACAAGAUCGACCUGCGCACCAAGGAGGGGAAGCACAUCCAAAAGGACAAGGCAGAGAGCAUGACAAAAUAG